CAUGAUUCGGGCCCCGUAGUUCCAGUGAAGGGAAAUCUUAGCGUAUUAUUAAUGUAUUAUGUUUUCCAGAAUCUCCAACCAAACUCAGUCUCUCCAGAGAUCAGUCUCUCCAGUACCCAGUCAUCUGUCCAUGAAGAGUGACUUCUCUAUGCAUCAUCCUAUACAUUUUAGUGAUGGAUCAGGGACCUUUGACCCCAGAAUCUCCAACCAAACUCGGUCUCUCCAGAGAUCAGUCUCUCCAGUACCCAGUCAUCUGUCCAUGAAGAGUGACUUCUCUAUGGAUCGUCCCAUUUAUUUUAGUGAUGGAUCAGGGACCUUUGACCCCAGAAUCUCCAACCAAACUCAGUCUCUCCAGAGAUCAGUCUCUCCAGUUCCCAGUCAUCUGUCCAUGAAGAGUGACUUCUCUAUGCAUCAUCCCAUUUAUUUUCGUGAUGGAUCAGGGACCUUUGACCCCAGAAUCUCCAACCAAACUCAGUCUCUCCAGAGAUCAGUCUCUCCAGUACCCAGUCAUCUGUCCAUGAAGAGUGACUUCUCUAUGGAACGUCCCAUUUAUUUUAGUGAUGGAUCAGGGACCUUUGACCCCAGAGGCUUCUACCACACUCAGACAGCACAGUAUACUGUUCCCAUCUGUCUGUCUAUGAACAGUGACUUCUCCAUGGAUCGUCCUGUUAAUUCCAGUGGUGGUGGAUCAGUUACCUUUGACAGAAGUGGAUGGUCUACUCUGCCAGAGGAUCAGUCCAGGUGUGCAGUGUGUCAGCAGGUUCUGAGGGAUCCAGUGUCUAUCACCUGUGGACACAGGUUCUGCAGACAGUGCAUCACCAGAUACUGGGAGAAACCUGCUCCUUCAGGAGACUAUGACUGUCCUCAGUGUAGAAAGAGAUCCAGGACACGUCCUGUACUACAGCCCCUGACUGAACCCAAUGAUGCAAGAGGCUCUGUAAACCAUAAAGACAGUCUGCAGAGAGCUAUAGUAAACCAUAAAGACAGUCUGCAGAGAGCUGUAGUAAACCAUAAAGACAGCCUGAGAAGGAGGUAUGAAUGUGUGAUAGAAGGCAUCGAAACAGCAGGGAACCAAACUCCCCUCAACAGGAUUUACACAGAGCUCUACAUCACAGAAGGAGAGAGUGAAGGGGUUAACAAUGAACAUGAGGUGUGGCAGCUAGAGACGGCAUCCAGGACACCAACCUCACAUGACACAGCAAUCCACUGCAAUGACAUCUUUAAACCCUUACCUGGCCAAGAGAGAAGCAUCAGAACUGUGCUGACGAAGGGCAUCGCUGGCAUCGGAAAAACUGUCUCUGUGCAGAAGUUCAUCCUAGACUGGGCUGAAGGGAAGGCAAACCAAGAUGUGGACAUCAUAUUUGUGCUUCCUUUCCGGGAGCUGAACUUGAUCAAAGAUCUCCAGUACAGUCUUCUCAGACUUUUAAAUGACUUCCACACAGAACUAGACAUAGGCAAUGCAAAGAAACUCACUGCCUGUAAAGCUAUGUUCAUCUUUGAUGGUUUGGAUGAAAGCAGACUUCCAUUGGAUAUCCAGCGCAACGAAACAGUGUCUGAUGUCACCCAGACAUCAUCUGUUGAUGUUCUGCUGACAAACCUCAUCAAGGGGAAUCUGCUUCCCUCUGCUCUCCUAUGGAUAACCUCCCGACCAGCAGCAACCAAUCAGAUCCCCCCUAAGUGUGUUGACCAGGUGACAGAGGUACGAGGGUUCAAUGACCCACAGAAGGAGGAGUACUUCAGGAAGAGAUUCAGUGAUGAGGACCUGGCCAGCAGAAUCAUCUCACACAUAAAGACGUCAAGGAGCCUCCACAUCAUGUGCCACGUUCCAGUCUUCUGUUGGAUUUCUGCAAUAGUCCUUGAACACAUGUUGAGUACAGACAAGAGGAGAGAGAUGCCCACGACUCUGACUGAGAUGUCCAUACACUUCCUGCUCAUUCAGACCAGCCUGAAGAACCAGAAGUAUCAUGGAAGAGAUGAGAUGGAUCAAGAGGAGCUCAUGGAGUCAGAUAAGGAAAUUAUUCUGAAGCUGGGGAAGCUGGCGUUUGAAAAUCUGGAGAAGGGUAAUCUCAUGUUCUAUGAAGAAGACCUGAAAGAGGCUGGCCUUGAUGUCAAUGAAGCCUCAGUGUACUCAGGAGUGUGCACACAAAUCUUUAAAGAAGAGUCUGUGUUAUUUCAGAGAGUGGUGUACUGCUUUGUUCAUCUGAGCAUUCAGGAGUUUCUUUCGGCUGUCUACAUGUACCAUUGUUACACAACCAAGAACAUGGAUGCACUGAAGCCGUUCCUCAAGAGAAAGUCUAGAGUCGCGUCUGAAGAGCUAACCUUACAUGAGCUGUUGAAGAGGACCGUGGAUAAAGCCUUGGAGAGUAAGAAUGGACACCUGGACCUUUUUGUCCGCUUCCUUCAUGGCAUGUCACUGGAGUCCAAUCAGAAACUCCUACGAGGUCUGGUGACACAGACAGAAAGCAGUCCAGAGAGCGUCAAGAAAACAAUUCGAUCCCUUAAGGUGAUGCAGAGGAAGAACAUCUCCCCUGAGAGGUGCAUCAAUCUCUUCCACUGUCUGAUAGAGAUGAAAGACCAUUCAGUACAGGAGGAAAUCCAAGCGUACUUGAGGUCAGAGAACAGAUCCAAAAACCUCACACAUGCUCAGUGUUCAGCGCUGGCCUACAUGCUGCAGAUAUCAGAGGAGGUUCUGGAGGUGUUUAACCUGAAGGAAUACAAGACAUCAGAGGAGGGUCGUAGGAGACUGCUCCCAGCUGUGAGAGGCUGCAGGAAAGCUCUGUAA